AUGUACAGGGUAUCUGCAGCAGUUAUCCAUCAGGUCGAAGAGGCACUUGAUGAAGAUGAGAAGGAGAUGCUUCUCUUUUUGUGCCGUGAUAUUGCUGCAGAUGUGGCUCCACCCAGUGUCCGGGACCUUCUGGAUAUUUUAAGUGAUAAAGGUAAGCUGUCUGCCAUGGACUUGGCUGAGCUGCUGUACAGAAUAAGGCGGUUGGACUUGCUCAAGCGGAUCUUGAAGGUGGACAAAGCUGCAAUGGAGGCCCGCCUACUUAAGCACCCUCACCUUGUUCCGGAUUAUAGAGUGCUGCUGACAGAAAUUAGUGAAGAUUUGGACAAAACUGACGUAUCCUCAUUAAUUUUCCUCAUGAAAGAUUAUGUAGGCCGAGGCAAACUAGCCAAAGACAAGAGUUUCCUUGGUCUUGUGGUUGAAUUGGAAAAACAAAAUCUGGUUGCUCCAGAUCAGUUGGAUUUGUUAGAAACCUGCCUAAAGACCAUCCACCGAAUAGACCUGAAGACAAAAGUCCAGAAAUACAAGCAGUCUGCUCAAGAAGCCACAGGAACAAAUUAUGUAAAUGUUUUCCAGGCAUCUCUCCAAAACUUGAGUCUCAAGGAACCGCCAUAUAACAUAGGGUUACAGAAUGAAAGAAGUAAAGAAAAAAAAAUGGUUGAGAAGCAACGUGGCAUUCAAAUGGAAUCCGUGAAGACAUCUGUCCAGGAAUCUGGAGUGGUUUUUCCUAAGCAUAUCCAGGAAGAACGAUACAGUAUGCAAAGCAAGCCCCUCGGAAUCUGUCUGAUAAUCGAUUGCAUUGGCAAUGACACAGAGCUUCUUCGGAGUACAUUCACAUACCUGGGAUUUGAAGUCCAUAACCACUUGUAUGUCAGUGUGGACCAUAUGACUCAAAUUCUUCACCAAGCUGCCUUUAUGACCCAACACCAAAGCUAUGACAGUUUUGUAUGUGUCCUGGUGAGCCGAGGAAGCUCCCAGAGAGUAUUUGGCACGGAUACGGCUCAUUCAGGGUUCUCCUUGGAUCAGAUCAAGCAGGUGUUCAUGGCAGAUGCAUGCCCUUCUCUCUUAGGGAAACCAAAGCUCUUUUUUAUUCAGAACUAUGUGGUGUCAAAGAACCAGCAGGAGGACAGCAGCCUUUUGGAGGUAGAUGGAGCAGGAACAUACAAUGUGGAAAACAAGGCAAGGCAGCCUGGGUCCUGCAUGAUCCACCGAGAAGCUGACUUCCUCUGGAGCCUGUGCAACGCAGACGUGGCCUUGCUGGAGAAGUCCCCCAGCUCAUCCUCCAUCUACCUGCAGUACCUUUCCCAGGAACUGCGGCAAGAAAGAAAACGCCCAUUCCUGGAUCUCCACACGGAACUCCACAGAAAAGUGUAUGAUUGGAACAGUAGAGUUUCUGCUACAGAGAAGUACUCUGUCUUGCUGCAGCACACGCUGAGAAAGAAACUCAUCCUCUCUUGCUAA